AUUUUUAUUUUUUCUUGCCGUGUCGCACCUCACCUAUCGAAAACCGCUGCAAUGGAUUAUAUUUUAAUCGUAAGAAUCUGCUGUAAAUAAUGCCUAUUUUCUACGAUCUGUGUAUGUUUCAUGAAGGUAUGAGCUAUAAAUAGCAUGUGAAAUCAACCUUUACGUCCUUUCACUUUAUAUUUCUCUCUUUAAAUUAUUUUGAUAUGCUGAAAAUUAAAACAUUUUCUUUCAUUUCAGACCUGAUGAAAGUGAAGGAAGAGAGUGAAGAACUGAGUGAAAUGGAGGAGAAACAUGUCCAACCUGCAGAAAAACCUUUGAGUCGCUCAAAGACUAAAAAUAAAGUUUUAAAGAGAAGAAGAGCCAAGAAAUCUUUCACCUGCACUCAGUGUGGAAAGAGUUUCUUAAACACACGUAAUCUUGAGCGUCACAUUAUAUUUCAUACUGGACAGAAGCCGUUCACAUGUGAUCAGUGCGGGAAAAGUUUCCCAAGGAAAGAUAAUCUAGAGAUUCACAUGAGGAUCCACACUGGAGAGAGGCCAUUCUCAUGUGAUCAGUGCGGGAAAAGUUUCCCAAGGAAAGAUAAUCUAGAGAUUCACAUGAUGAUCCACACUGGAGAGAGGCCAUUCACAUGUGAUCAGUGCGGGAAGAGUUUCACAGCACAACCUCAUCUUAGCCGACACAUGAUGAUCCACACUGGAGAGAAACCUCACACAUGUUAUCAGUGUGGGAAGAGUUUCGCGCAAUCAGGACACCUUGAUGUUCACAUGAGGAUCCACACUGGAGAGAAAUCAUUCGCAUGUGAUCAGUGUGGAAAAGCAUUUCGUAGGGCAUCAAACCUGAAGGCACACCUGAUGGUUCAUACGGAGGAGAAGCCGCAUUCAUGUUCUGAAUGUGGAAAGAGUUUUUCACUGCGGCAUAGUUUACUACUACAUCAAAGAACUCACACUGGUGUAGGAGUUUAUAUGUGCUUUGAGUGUGAGAAGACUUUUACUACAGCACACAAUUUAAUAAUGCACCAGAGAAUUCACACUGGAGAAAAACCUUACAAGUGUUCACACUGUGACAAGAGAUUCAAUCAGUCAUCAGCUCUGAAAACACACGAGAGGAUUCACACUGGAGAAAAACCUUACAAGUGUUCACACUGUGACAAGAGAUUCUGUGAGUCAUCAUCUCUGAAAACACAUGAGAGGAUCCACACUGGAGAAAAACCUUACAAGUGUUCACACUGUGACAAGAGAUUCAAUCGGACAUCAAUUCUAAAAGUACACGAGAAGACCCACAGCAGAGAGAAGCUGCACACGUGUGAUCAGUGUGGAAUGAGUUUUGCUUUAAAAAGUCCCCUGAAGCUGCACAUGAAGAUGAUCCAUGCUAAGACCUGAUGGACGUGAACAAGAAAGGAAAACAGAAGCCAAACAUCCGUCUCCUGCCCUCAGUGUAAAAAAUGCUUUGCGUGUUCAUCAAGUCUGAAGACUCACAUGAGAGUUCACACUGGGAAGAAGCGGCUCAGGCUUUCUCUCUGAAAUCACGUCUUCUUCUCAUUCUGGAGAAAGACCAUUUAACUGUGAUCAGUGCCAAUUGAACUGUGAUCAAGAUUCAUUAGUAACAUUACAGCAGAAUAGACAUUGGGGUGUGUGUUUCAGUGCAGGAAGUCCUUUUCUACAGAAGAUGAACUGAAACACACACUGGAAAAGAGGCCAUAACACUUUUAAGAGAGACGUGAAUCUUAUAUUCAUUUUUGACUCAUUCUUCUUUGUUUGUUUUUCAUUUGAACAUCUUAUUUCCUAUUCUACUUCUACUCUUCCAUGCAAAUCAUUAACACUCAUUAGUUAACAUUAGUUAAUAUAUUAACUAACAAUGAGCUAUGCAUUUGUUACUUUAUAAGUCAUUGUUCAUUUUGGUUCACAGCAUUAACUAUUGUUAACAAAUACAACUUUAGAUUUUAAUAAUGUACUAUUAAUUGAUAUUAACUGAGAUUAAUAAAUGCUUUAGAAGUAUUGUUCAUUCUUAAUUCAUGUUAACUAAUGAACCUUAUUGUGUUACCUCGAAACUGGACACUUCUCUUCUUCUCUUGAGAUGCUUUGGCUCUUAUAAGUCGGUAAAGAGAGAGAUCUGUCUCAUUCACUUUUACUUAAUGUUUGUAUUUGCUUCAUGUAAUAAUUGAUUAAACACAUUACUCCAUAUC